AUGGCGAUGCAUAGAAAAUACAAUGAUCGAGGCACAUACCUUGGUGGUCGAAGAGUUGGCUCAGACACAAGCUCCGAGUGCGGAUCUGGGAGGCAAGCGGAAAUAUCAGAUGCCGAAGACGAGGACAACGAUGAUGAGGAGGACGAUGAGGGCUACGAGAGCGGAUCCUUUUCUGAUAAUGACCUAGAUGUCGUCGAUAACAGGAGUUCUACUACGGUAUCAUCUGAUACUCGAGCCUAUUUGGAGAGAGUCGACUCACCAGCGCCGCUCAUUUCUCAUACCGAACUUCUCCGGUCCGAAAUCUGUCAAGUAUUCUCUGUCAUCAUGUUGUUUCUUCGGAGCAAGUACCGACACUACUUUGUCCACGGCUACCGGAACCCUUACCGAGCUUUGAGAAUCCGAAAAGCCUGGGAAAGGGCCAUAGCAGCGUGGGAGCUUAAUCGGUCACGACGUGGCCAUAUCGCUUUCGGCAGGCCUGUUCUUUACGAGAACCACAUGGAAUACUUCUUUCAUGAACACUACAGAGCCAACUGGGAAUCUGUUGACAAUUUCCUUCAGAAUCCAUGGUGGAGCCAGACUUGGACCGUUCCAGAGGUCUGGUGUGCCAACGACCGAGCAGUCAUCCAAUUCGGGCAGCGGACGAUCAAGUGGAAGACCUUGCAAAAGGCUCUGCCGUUCGCUGAGGCCUGGGACGACAUGGGAAAGACGAUGGUCGAGACAGGAGAUGGGCGCAUUGGCGAGUGGCCAGAACUGAGGGAUCUAUACGCCACCGCCUUCCACCUCUUGAGGCAACGACUCAUGAACGGGAGACUUUCGGAUCUCUUGUGGACCACUUGGUCUAGAGAUGCAGCCGACCCUCGAGACAAGGUGUUUGCGAUGCUCAGUCUCGUCGGUAGCUUUCGUGGCUGGUCCCAACCUGAUUACAACAGGUGUUUUGCGGAGCAGCGAGAGACAUCAUCCGUGGCGAAGGAAGUCUUGACAUAUUGCUGGCGGCCGGAAGACUGA